AUGGCGUCCCAGCCGCCAUCGCCCGGGCCCAACGGCGCGUCGUCGCCCUCGGUCGCCUCGAGGACGGCGCACGAGGCCAUCACCGCCGAGGCGAGCCACGUCGUCAGGGGCUGGCCGGUCGGCGCAGGGCUGCAGGGUGCAGGAGACGUCGUGUCGCACCUCCCUCCUAUCCUCCCCUCCACCCCGUCCUUCUUCCCCUCCUCCAGCUCGCUCCCGACCUCUCUCGACCCCGCCACGACCUCCCUCGUUCCCUCCGACCCGCUCUUCGACCAGUACAUGCGCGAGAUCGCCGCCCUCCUCGCACCACAGCGCGGCGACUCGGCGACCGACCUCUGGAGGGACGAGCACGUCCAAGGCCUUGUCGGGCUCGGCGAGGUGCAGCAGCACCCUCCUCUCGCACCUCCCUACCCGAUCCUCUCGACCGCCCAGCUCAACCCGGCUCCUUCCGCCCACGCGCCCGCCCUUGCCGCAUCCUUCCUCGCCGCGUCGUCGUACCCACUUCCGCCACCGCCGACCGCCCCAGCGUCGAACCCGCUCCAGCCCCGACACCUCGCUCCGCAGCCGCCCUCGCACCCGCACGACACCCUCUCCACCUUCGUCGAGUCGCACUACGCGAGCGCGCAGGCGUCAGCUCAAGCUUUGAGCGCCAUGCGCAGGCAGAACAGCCUCGGCGGCGACAGCGCGAGCGCGAGUGCGCCAACGAGCCGGCCGCAGACGCCGUCGCACGUGCGGGUCGCCGCGCCGCACCCGGUCCAGAUGAGCUCGCCCGACCCGCUCGCGAUGGGUUACUCGUCGCCAGUGCCCGCUGCCGCCGCGCCGGCGGCCGCAUCUGCGCCUCAGCUUGCGCCGUCGGCGAACGGGCAGGGCCCGCACCGGGUCGGCGCCGUCCACGCUCCGGUGCAGCGGCGUGCGCUCCCGCAAGUCGUCAUCCCGCAGCCGCGACCGCGCAAAAGGGCGAGCUCGUCCGACCUGUCGAGCCACUUCUCGUCGCCGCUCAAGCCCUCGGACGCCGGCGCGGUUCGGCACCCUCUGCCGCCCGCUCUCGGCGGCGACGGCGACUUCACGCCCAAGACGAGCACGUUCAAGGCGUCGCAGCUCGAGGGCCCCUUCACGGGCGCCGAGUCGGCCGUCAAGCGCGUCAAGCUCGGCGCAGGUCCCGGCGCCAACUCGUCGUCGUCGACCAUCGGCCGCACGCCCGGCACCGCUGCGACGCAGGGCGGCAACGAUCCGGUCGAGCGUCUCGGCGACCUCGUCGGCGACGUGUUCACGGCCGACGACGCCUUUGUCGGCGACACGUCGUCGGCGGCCGUCUCGUCGCACAUGCGCAGCCCGAGCCGCAAAGGCGGCGAGAAGCGCCUGUUCCGCUCGACGCGCACGAGCGAGUCGAGCAACGCGCCCCUGCUUCACACGGACGCGCUGCGUCGCAUGCUCGGCCUGCUGCGCGCCGUCGCGAGCCGGGGCAAGGCCGAGGAGCUCGUCGAGGAGGUCGAGGAGGGCGGGGUCCAGCGGUGGUUGAGGGUGCUCGAGCGGAGCUGGGAGGGCAUCGGCGAUGCGGGUGGUGGGUGGGAGGGGUGGGACGCCGAGGCGGGCGACGCGCGGGAGGACGACGGGGCGGGCCAGGCCGGCAAGGGCAAGGGCAAGGGCAAGGGCAAGAAGGGCGGGCGCAAGGGCUCGGCCAGCCCCGCCAAGGGCGCGUCGAAGGGCAAGGCCAAGGGGCGCAGGAGCUCGGCCGCCGUCGACGAGGAGAACGAGGAGGACGACGGCGACUUCGACAUGCUCGCCUCGGCGAGCCCGGGCAGGACCGGCACGCGCCGCAGCUCGCGCUCGGCGUCGCCAAGGCGCGACCGCUCGUCGACUAUCGACGUCGACGGCGACGACGAGCAGGCGGCCGCGCACGACGAGGGCGACAGCCGGCGCACCGGGACGGCGUCGUCGGGCGAGUCGUACUGGGACGUCGAGUCGCGCCUCGCCUCGACCGAGGCGUCACUUCGCGACCUGAGCGACGCCCUCCUCGCCCUGCGCCUCGCCCUCGAGAUCCUCACCCUCCCGGGCGUGGCCCUCCCCAAGCACCUCUUCUCGUCCGAGUACCUCCUCGGCGUCGUCUCGUCCCUCCGGCGCGCCCUCGACGCGUGCCUCGUCCCCAUCCUCGAAGCACCGGCGACGAGUCCGCUCGCCGAGCUCGCUACAUCGCGCGCGAGGGACAAGGUCGCCGAGGUGACGGACGCGCUCGUCGCCGGAACGCAGGCCCUCGCCGCGCUCGUCAAGGCCGAGGACCUCGGCGACGAGCUCGUCAUCGCGCUCGCCUACCUGUCGCUCGAGCCGUUCUUCCACGAGGCGCCGCUCGCGACGACCGCCGCCGCACGGGCCGCCGCCGCGAGGGACCUGUCGCCCGCCGUCAACGCCGUCAAGGGCCUGCGCCUCGCGAGCCUCGCCGUCGUCCAAGCCGUCUACGCACGCUACGCCGAUCAGCGUGCAUGGAUCGUCGAGGAGGUCUUGAGCAACCUGGGCAAGGCCGAGAGCGCGACGGGGACGGCGGUGGCGAAAAAGGCGGCCCGCAGGGGCAUCCGAAUCCGAACCGGCGCGACCAUCCAGACCGUCUCGGCGCUCCUCCUCCACCUCGUCCAGACGUGCCCGGCCGACCUCGCGUCGCAGAUCCGCAAGAAGCUCGCCAAGUCGACCUCGACCGACGGCGGCGUCACGACUGGCGGCGCAGACGUCGACAUGGACGACGACCUCGGACUCGGGACGAGGGUGCUCGGCCCGGCCGAGACCCAGGGGGAGGGCGAGGGCGAGGGGGACAUUCUUGAGCGUCCGAAUUCAUCGAUCCAGAAGCUGCUGAGCGGCGCUCUCGACAUGUCGAACAAGGCGGCGAGGACGAUCAUCGGCUUUCUUCUUCAACGCGCGGCCAAGGCGGGCAAGACGACGGGCGCGACUGCCGACACCGAGUACCGCGCCGUGUUCGACCACCUCGUCGCCGACCUGCUCGCGACGCUGCACCUCGCCGAGUGGCCCGGCGCCGAGGUCCUUCUCACCGUCCUUUGUCGAUCCAUGAUGGCGACGCUCGCCGACUCGAAGAGCACGCACGAGAGCAACUCGCUCAAAACCAUCGCGCUCGAGCACAUUGGCGUCAUCGCUGCCCGCAUCCGCAAUGACCUGUCGGUGCCAACGACCGGCCUCAAGAGCUUGCGCGAGGCAGCGAUCGAGGGCGAUGACGACACGCUCGAGAAGACCAUCCUUGCGCACAAGUCGGUCGUCGAGCACGUCGUCAAGGUCGAGAACGUCCCUGGGAGCGCCGAGGGCGCCGCCAGCUUCUCGCGCGCACAACUCGCGCUCGACGCGCUCCAAGCGUUGCCGCACUCGGGCGCGGCGCCGGCUGUGCAUGAUCGCCUCGUCGCGCUCGUCGGCGAGGUCUGGAACGACGACCAGGUCGAGGACGUGUUCGGCCCAAGCGCCGACGACUCGCAGCCUCGCGUCGAUGCUCUCGCCCUCGAGCUCUGGCGCUUCUCGACGCUCGCCAACCUGUACCAGCCCAUCCUCACCCGUAUCGUCGACGCGUCCGAGUCGGCCCAGAUGGGCCAACGCGCCAAAGCUCUUCGAGCCAUCAGCCUCGUCGUCGCGCAGGACCCGGACCUCUUCAACCAGGACAACAUCCGCCGCAGCAUCGAGAACCGCAUGCUCGACAGCUCCCCGAUGGUUCGCGACGCGUCUAUCGAGCUCGUCGGCAAGUACGUCGUCACGCGGCCCGACCUCGCCGUGCAGUACCUCCCUCGCCUCGGCGAGCGCAUCUCGGACACGGGCCUCGGCGUCCGGCGCAGGGUGAUCAAGCUCUUGCGCGUGCUGUACCACGUCGUCGCGAGCGAGGAGCACAAGGUCGACAUCUCGCGCAAGCUCGUGUACCGUGUGCUCGACGAGGACGACGGCAUCAAGGACCUUGCCAUCGAUGCGCUUGAGGACAUCUGGUUCAGCACGCCGUCCAAGAACGUCGCCAAGGACUCGAUCGACUCGCUCGCUCAGCUCGCGAGCAUCAUCACGCAGACGGCGGGCGUCUUCAAGGACCGUCCGCCGCCGGUGGACGAGGCGCUUCGCCUCAUCAUGUCCAAGCACGCCGAGAAGGGUACCGAGCCGCCGCUCGAGCGCCUCAAGCUCGUCAUGGAGAGCCUCAUCGACGGCCUCGUCGAGGACGAGCGCAACAUGGACGUCGUCGCCGGCAUCAAGACCGUCUUCCUGCUCAGCUCGGUCGACCCCAACCUCUUGUCGACCGCCAAGGCGACCCUGCUCCUCCCGUUCCUCAAGAGCGCCGCCACGCCCGACGAGCAGAUCAUCAGCGACUACCUCUUGCGCAUCUUUCGCGCCGCCGUCGUCGCCAUGCCCAAGUCGGCGACCAAGUUCGGCCGGGACCUCCAGGCCGCGCUCAUGCCCAUGCUGAACAAGCCGACGCACAACGUGUCGAUCCUGCAGGGCGUCGUCGCCUGUUUCUGCGCCGUCGUCCACGGGCAGACGCAGGACUUUGCGACGAUGAUCCGCGCCUUCGUCGCGAGCCUCAAGCGCCUGCAGCAGGAGGCGCACAAGCUCGUGCACCCCGAGACGGCCCAGACGGUCCAGUUGCGCACGCUCCCGGUCUUGUGCUACAUGGCGGCCCUCCUGUGCGAGCACGGCGAAUUUGACCGGGUGCGCGAGGAGCACGCCGGCAUCAAGUCGAGCAUCGACGAGCUCACGCCCAACUCGGUCGCCGAGCUCACCUACGGCACCCUCAUCCGCGUCUACAACCUGUCGCUGCCGGCCCAGAUCAAGUCGACCGUCUUGACGAGCCUCGGCUUCGUCUACCGCGCCCACCCGACCCUCAUGCUCCACCAGGCCUCGACGGCCAUCAUCGACGCCAUUUUCGAGUCGCCGGCGCCGCAGAUGCACCACCAGAUCCUGCGCAUCAUCCAGGACUUUCUCGCCAGCCAAGAGCGCGCCGUCGCCGUCGCCGCCGCGCUGCCGGUCGACAAGAAGCGCAAAAAGGCGAUCAACGGCGUCAAGAUGGAGGAGCUCGUCGGCAACGUCGAGGGCUUUGCCGACUCGGGCGUCGCGAGCGCCAUCUCGCAGCGGUACCUCAAGCGCAUCAUCGCCUCGGCGCUCUCGCCAAACCCGAGCCUGCAACGCCUCGGCCUCGACCUCCUCAACACGAUCGCCCGCUCGGGCUUCUCGCACCCGAUCACGCUCGCCCCGACCCUUGUCGCCCUCACCGCCUCAGGCGACGCCGCGCUCGCCAACAAGGCGUACGCCACCCUCGCCAUCCUGCACCAGAAGCACGCCUCGCUCCUCGUGACGCGGUUCCUCGAGCCGGCGAGGGCGGCGCACACGUUCGCCGUCUCGGCGGUCGGUGACGGCGAGACGCUGCGCGGUUACCGGGGCGAUCCGCCCGAGUCGCUCCUCGGCCGGUGGUACAGCCUGCUGCACAAGGAGAAGCGCCAAGUCCAGCUCGACUUCCUCAAGACGCUCUCCCGCUCGUUCGAGCUCGAGAUUGGUUCGCCGUGCUCCUCGGUCGACGUUUCGUUCUUCCGCUUCCUCGCCGAGGCGCUCUCGACCUUCGACUUCAAGCGCACCGAGGAGCCUCUCCUCGUCGUCGCCCUCCUCAACUCGGCCCUCGCCGUUUCGGGCAUGCAGGUCCUUCAUGCGCUCGAGCAGGACCUCGAGGGCGGCGGCGGGUUGAUGGCGACCGCGAGCCCGUCCAAGAAGCUUCUCUUCAACGAUGCCGCCAUUGUCGACGCCGAGCGUGCGCCCUCGCCCGACCUCGCGCGUCAGUCGCUCGUGCUCGGCCUCGCGCUCCUCUUGCGCGACCACCUCAAGCGGCUCUACAGCCUGUCGGACGCCAAGCUCGCCAAGUACGUCGUCGGCAAGAAGAGCGCUAUGGGCGACAAGGCCGCGAGCCGACACGCCGACGCGCCGGUCGCGCUCGGUUCAGACGGUUACGGGCGCAUGCCUCUCGUGCUCGUGCACCCAGAGAUGAACGGCGAGGACGAGCGGUGCGGCCAGCGGGCGACGUUCAUGCGCCUCGUCGCCGAGGACGGCACGAUCGCGGCCAUGGAAGAGCUCGAGGCCGACACGGGCGACGAUGCAUGA